CGUUUCCCACUCGCACUACUACCACCGCCGUUCCCCAUCACCCUCGUGCUAAGCAUCUCCUCUCAUGCACCCAUCCAUCCCUCUUUGUCUCCAACCUGCUCCAGCCAACCCCAAUUGCCUCACUACAACUCCAAGCCACUGUCGAGCGGGCGCUCCAGCAACGCCAAAAUACGCUGCGUGCGCCUACCCAGUGUAUCCCAAGGCGCGAUUGAUCAUCACCGAAUCAUCCUACCUGUCUUGGACGAGCUACUCUGCAUGCUAUACUUGUUACAGCGCUGUCGCAGGAUCAGAAGCAUCCACCGCAGCAACAGUAAAUAGCAGCAAGAGUAAGGUGAGGAACAAGAACCAGCCAGGACGAGGGCAUUUCGCCCGUCGCAGCCCGCCAUGGCGUCCGUCCCGAACAUCAACCAAGCCGCUUCCCAUCCCCCGCCCAGGGAGCAAGACCACCAGCAACAGCUCAAGAAGAAGUGGAAAGGGACGUGGCUAAGAAGUCUUUCGGUUCGCAUCCGCACACGCAAGGAUGCCCUGCUGGCAGCAGCAGCAGCAGCAGCAGCAGUGCCAGCAGCCGGAGGAGCAGGAGGAGGACAAGACCUAGCUGCAGGUAGCGUUGAGAGGGGCACCCAGACCACGACUGCGGCGACGACGACGACGGCAGCGGCGGUAGCUAGACGGCGCAGUCACCCACUCCGGCAGCAUUCGGAAACGCGUGUGCAGCCAGGUGAGCCGGAAACUCUUCUCGCAGAACAAUUCGGCCCCUCGACGGCGGCCAUGUCGGCGGCCACCUCGGCCUCACAUUCGCCGGCGAUAUCAACAACGACGGCCCAGACCACAACCGUUCCAUCGUCGUCUUCGUCGUCGUCGUCAUCGACCUCUCUCAGCGUCGGCGUCGGCGUCGGCGCCUCCAUUGGCAGCUUUUCAUCAACGUCUUCAGCGCCGUGUCCCACCUGCGGCCAGCGCCGCCACAUCGACCUCCACCGGCCGCCAACACCGGUGAAGCCCGAGGACCGCUUCCAGUUCCGGUCCGGCGUCCCGUACGGACCUUGGACUAUCACUCACCCUCCACCCGUCCCCUUGGACUUUUCACAGACUGUUACUUCCUCGGAAGCGUCCACGGCUCCGAUCGACAGCACCGGCAGCAGCAACAACAACGGCAGCGGCGUCGGAAACAUCUCCGGAGCCCCCCUGACGUCAUUCCACCCCUUCUCCCGCCUGCCGCCCGAGCUCCGGUCCAAGAUCCUCCGCUUCUACCUGGAACGGCCGCGCAUCGUCGAGAUCCGAUGCAUGAACGACCUGAAGAAGAUCCACUUCGCGCCCAACGCGCUGGGCAACCUCGCGUCCAACAUCGCCUGGAGCGCCGACAACACGCUGCCGGCCCUCAUGUGGGUGAACCGCGAAUGCCGGGCCGAGACGCGCGCCUUCUAUCGCGUGCAGCUGCCGAUGCACCCGACCAACAAGAUCGCCUGGCCGGUGCUCAUCAACCCGUCCUUCGACACCGUCAUCUUCACCUUCCCCUGGAGCAGCGAGAUCCCGCUCGACAUCUUCCUGAGCGACUGCCUCGCCUUCGACCCGCUGGGCGUCGGCAUCCGCCACUUCGGCACCCGCGACCGCGGCGGGCCCGAGACCUGGGACCUGACCCCCGUGCCGGGCUGCGCCCCUCUGUCCAAGAGCCUGGCGAACCUCGAGUCCUACACCGAGGCGAUCCAGCUGAUGGACGACCGCGCGGCAGCCCGGUUCCCCGUGUGGAUGAUCCACGAGGGCUACCUGACGAGCGGCAUCCCGGCCAAGAACGCCUUCUACCAGGACGUGCCUCGUCUCCUGCUCAGCAACGACUACGAGCCGCCCGACGCGACGAACCAGCGCGCGGCCCUCGAGGCCCUGCGCGCCCAGCUCGCCGAGUACUUGCCCCGCGACGUGGCGCAGAGGCUCGUCAUGCAGCGCAUGUUCUACCGCAAGUACUUCCGCCACCUGCGGAUGAAGUGCACCAAGACGGACCUCGCGGGGCUGGGAAUGGUGAGGCAGAUCCCCGGCGGCGAGACGGAGGAGUUCUUCCUGAGCAACGGAAGGGAGGUCGUCGGGCCGCGGAAGAAGAGGCGGUGCGUGCUGGACGUGAGGCCCAGUAGCAGCUGGCAUCUUUGGGAUGAUGAAUGAUGGUGUGUUUUGGGAGGAUGCGGGCUGUAUUGUGAACGAGGUCAGACUGGCAUCCUGAGAAUGUGGUUGAAUUGUGAUGUAUGUUGAGUGUCAUGUUAUUAGAGUUGUUCUCGAAGUCUGUUGCAUGAGGUAAUACCGAUCCUUCAUAUCAACAAGGACGAAAAGGUAGAUACAGAAGCAAGAUUUAAAUUUGGAAAUAGCAAUCUUGGCAUACAAACAAAUGAAGAAAAGAUU